UUUCCUUUGUAAAUUACCUAGUCUUGGGUGUAUCCUUAUAGCAGCAUGAGAAUGGACUCUGGAUUGUUUUAGUGAAGUCUGUUCUCACCAUGGUGUAAAAUCCCUGAUGUUGCUCAUUGGAGUACAGCCUUGCCUACUUUUACAGACAGCAUUAGAUGAUAGUGGUUUUGACAGGGCUGUCUUUGAGCAUCUCCCUGACCACCCCCAGCUGUUAGCACCACCGAUUGCAACUUAAUGGCAGUAUUGCUUUCGUAAGUGCCCUGGAGUAUAUGUUGCUUCACAGGCUAAUAUAAUCAAACUGGGGCUUGCUUUCUUGAGGUCAGUGUUUGAGAUUUGUUCUGACAAUAGAAUGUCUCUUCCCAGGUGGUCUCUUAGUUUCUGUCUGGCAAACAAACCACCCUAUAGUAUAACAUACACCUCUAAUCUAUCAACCUCCUCCCAAUUGCCCUUCACCAAAAUUUUCAGUUUUUGACAUUGCCCUUAGGUUUAAAUUUCUCCACAUUCUGUUGCAAGUCAAUUCAGUUCCUUUGAGGAGCAAUACAGAACUCUGUUCUAUGGCCUACUUCUCCCCCUGGACAAAAUCUCAGAGCCACAGCCACUGUUCUAGUGCUGGAGGUAUGGACAAUGGCAUGCAUCUCUCUAAGUGAUUCCCCUGCUUUAGGAGCUGAGUGCUUGGUAGAUGGCAGAUGGGGCGGCAGCCAGGUCCCCUGGCUUGCCUGUUUGGGCAUGGAACACCUGCCCCAGGAGCCAGGGCACAGCAAUUGGAACCUCAGUAUGCUCAGCAGUACCACGUCCAAGUUAAAGCCUACAUUUCAUGUUUUGGGGCGAGGCAGAGGAAGGGAGUCUUCAUUCUUCAGCUGUGUAACAGUUUCAUUGGGGAUCGUGUCCAUGGAGCUCCUCAUGCUGUCAUGCCAGAAGUGGAAUUCCCUGACCAAUUCUUUACAGUUCUAACCAUGGACCAUGAACUGGUGACACUCAGGGAUGUGGUCAUCAACUUCUCUCAGGAGGAAUGGGAAUAUCUGGAUUCUGCUCAGAGGAACUUGUACUGGGAUGUGAUGAUGGAGAACUACAGCAACUUACUCUCACUGGAUUUGGAGUCCAGGAGUGAGACUAAGCAUUUAUCUGUAGGAAAAGACAUUAUUAAAAACACUGGUUCUCAGUGGGAGGUAAUGGAAAGUAGCAAGUUACGUGGCCUUGAAAGUUCCAUUUGCAGAAAUGACUGGCAAAGCAAAAGCAAGAUUGAAGUACAAGGACCUGAAGUGGGAUAUUUCAGUCAAAUGAAAAUCAUCUCUGAAAAUGUGCCCACUUACCAAACUCAUGAAUCUCUUAUGUUACCUCAGAGAACUCAUGACAGUGAGAAGCCCUAUGAAUACAAGGAAUAUGAGAAGGUCUUCAGUUGUGACUUAGAGUUUGCUGAAUAUCAGAAAAUACAUACUGGUGAAAAAAACUAUGCAUGCAAUCAAUGUUGGAAAACCUUUGGGAUAGACAACUCCAAUAUGUUACAACUGAAUAUUCAUACUGGUGUGAAACCUUGUAAAUAUAUGGAAUAUGGGAAUACAUGUAGUUUUUAUAAAGACCUUAAUGUAUACCAGAAAAUUGACAAUGAGAAGUUCUACAAAUGUAAGGAAUACAGAAGGACCUUUGGAAGAGUUGAAGAAGUUACUCCACUUCAAAGAGUUCAUGAUGGUGAGAAACACUUCGAAUGUUCAUUCUGUGGGAAAUCCUUUAGAGUGCAUGCCCAACUUACUCGACAUCAGAAAAUCCAUACUGAUGAGAAAACUUACAAAUGUAUGGAAUGUGGCAAGGACUUCAGAUUUCUGUCACAGCUUACUGAACAUCAGAGAAUUCAUACUGGUGAGAAGCCCUACAAAUGUAUGCACUGUGAGAAGGUUUUUAGAAUUAGUUCACAGCUCAUUGAACAUCAGAGAAUUCAUACUGGUGAGAAACCUUAUGCAUGUAAGGAAUGUGGAAAGGCUUUUGGAGUAUGUAGAGAACUUGCUCGUCAUCAGAGAAUUCAUACUGGUAAGAAACCCUAUGAAUGCAAAGCAUGUGGAAAGGUCUUUAGAAACAGUUCAUCCCUGACUAGACAUCAGAGGAUUCAUACUGGUGAAAAACCCUAUAAAUGUAAAGAAUGUGAGAAAGCAUUUGGAGUAGGUAGUGAACUUACUCGACAUGAAAGAAUUCACAGUGGUCAAAAGCCUUAUGAAUGUAAGGAGUGUGGAAAGUUCUUUAGACUUACGUCAGCCCUUAUUCAACAUCAAAGAAUUCAUAGUGGUGAGAAACCUUAUGAAUGUAAAGUAUGUAGGAAGGCCUUUAGACAUAGUUCAGCCCUUACAGAACAUCAGAGAAUUCAUACUGGAGAAAAACCCUACGAAUGCAAGGCAUGUGGGAAGGCCUUUAGACAUAGUUCAUCCUUUACCAAACAUCAGCGCAUUCAUACUGGUGAUAAACCCUAUGAAUGUAAGGAAUGUGGGAAUUCCUUUAGUGUUGUUGGGCAUCUUACGUGCCAACCGAAAAUUUACACUGGUGAGAAAUCAUUUGACUGAAAUAAAUGUAUAAAGUGGU